CUUCUGCCUCGAAAAUUGUUGCUAAUUUCGACAACCUGAAGAGUGCCCGAGCCCCUGUCUCUGGAAUGAAGAAAGCAGCGCCGACGUAGUCUGCAUUUUUUGUUUUGGAUCCGUCUGUGAAGAUCAGAGUCCAGAUCGUUGUUUCCUGAAUCCGUACUGGGAGUUUGGGAUUUUUAGAUCCGUUUCCAGAUUGUUACUACUAUGGUGCCUGUAUCAUGUUAAGCCUGAGCUUUCCCCUCCGUUCCUGUUACGGAGCCGAAGCGCGAGGUCUCCCCACCAUUCCCGCCCUACCUAUGGACUUGUCCGUGCUCGGACUCUGUAAAAAGAGACAGAGCGAUGCUUCACGAAUAUAAACAUAUACCAAGAAAGCUAAUGUUCAUUUCGUUCGGGACCUACCUUUCUCAAUAAAAAAUAAUAAUCGCUAAUAAACUGCAGAAAUACCCAUUAUCUCAUCUUCUUUUAUAUAGUCACCGAACGAGGGCUUAUAACAAAUGAUUUACACUAAAUAAAAUCAGAAAUUUAAAAGCAAUCAGCCAAAUUUAUUAAGAUAAUACUAUAUAUGCACAUGAAAAUAGUCGAAAAUGCAGUUCAUCAUUUUAACAUUGUCGAUAUAUAUUUUGUAAUUUAUUAAAAAAAUGUUGUCCUCUUAGUUUUCACGCAUCUCUUGCCAGCGCAUUUGCAGUGUGAUAUGUACCUUCAAAGUGUUGUAAAAAAUCAUAUCCAAUCUCCAUGUCCGCCAGCAGAGUGCGUCAUCAGUCUUUCCUCUUUCUAUUUAAUUACUCCAUGUGGUGUGGUUAGUUGUCAAGUUCAUGCGUUGACGUCGUCGAACUCGCUGAUCCAAUAAUAUGUGUUUCGAAAUAUAAAUGCAAAACUUGGUUGCGUAUCGUUAGUGAAGAAAAUAAAAUAACAAUUGAAGAGUACUCCAUUGAUUGAUUGAACUGCAAGAAACCUUUCAAAUUUCAAAUCUUCCGUUGAAAAACAAAAAUUCAUUACUCAACGCUUAUUACAACGGUAAACCUAACCACAAAAAUGAAGAACGGUGGACGGCUUCUGGAAGUUUUGUUAAAAGUAUCAGAAAAGGCUGCCAACAUAGCAAGGGCUUGUCGACAAAAAGAUGCUCUCUUUAAAUUGCUUGUCCAGGAGAAACAUGGUGAUGAGAAAAAUCCUCGUUUUUUCCAAGACUUUAAGACACUAGCAGAUGUUCUUAUUCAGGAGACAAUAAGGCAUGACAUUGGAAUUGAGUUUCCAGAGUUAGCUAAAAUGGUGAGAGGUGAAGAGACAAAUGUGUUUAGCAACACUCUUGGGAAGACCGUAGUUGUUGAAGUGUGUCCAACGUCCACGGAAACCACACAAUUAUUGGCAGAAGUUCUUGACGAUGAUGUUGAAAUAGCUCAGCUGUUGGCAUCAGAAAUUCAUAAAGAAAUAUUGUUGGAUGAGGUUCCUAUUGAUGUCGAAACAGCUGGAAAUUGGGAUUUUGAUAUUGAUAUCGAAGAUUUGGGUAUUUGGAUUGAUCCCAUAGACUCCACGGCGGAUUACAUUACUGGCGGAGAGCUCGUUGAUCCAGUGACUGGUUUGCAUUUAGGAGGUUUGCGCUGUGUAACUGUACUUAUUGGGGCGUACCUUAAACUUACAGGUUUGCCUGUAGUGGGCGUUGUGAAUCAACCUUUUUUCACUUGUGAGAAUUCGCAAUGGAAAGGACAUUGUUAUUGGGGAUAUGUGAGUGAAGAUGGAACACGAAAACAUUCAUUUAUCUUGCCAGACGAGCCGAGUGAAGUUUUGUUGCUUGGACGCAAUGAAUGUCCUGCUGUAAAGACCACACUUGUGGAAAAUGGAUUCCAGACCGUUGAAAUACCAGGGGCGGGUUACAAAAUUUUGAGUGUAGCGAUAGGACACGCCAAGGCUUAUGUAUUAUCAAAAAGUACGACCUUUAGAUGGGACACGUGCGCUCCCCAAGCUUUGCUGAGGUCGCUCGGCGGAGGAAUCAUCGAUUAUUCGAAAUUCACGAACUCAACGGAUUCAGAAGAUUUCCAUCUCCGCUACUCAGGCGAAGACACCGAUUUCGCAAAUCGUGGAGGUCUCGUAGCUUAUCGUGAUACCGAAACCUUAGAAUCGUUGCGGCGAGUUUUGCUUAAGUGAAUUGAAUAAUUUUUUUCUUUUUUUCCUAUCGAAGAUGAACUUGGAAACUUUGAAAUCAUGUCGAUUUUUCAAAGUUCUUUUUUACUAGCGUCACGCUUGACGGAAAUCUUGAUCUCGUUGAAUACUUCUCCCCUAAUUUUGCAUUUCUCGUCGAGUCGGAAGACGCUCGAAUCAAACAGUGUGAUUAACUUAGAGCGCGGGUCGUUCGAAUAUCCAAACGUGUUUUGACGAUUAUAUAAUCAGUCAAUCAUUACGUUUUACUAGAAAUAUAUUUCAUUAGGUAAUUUUUUUAUUUUAUACUUCUCUUGAGUGACAGUUUUGUGCGAAUUUGCAUUUCGCAGUCAAACACAUGCAGGCAAUCCAAUUUCAUAGUGUAUCAAACACUAUGGUCUCAGCGAUGCCACAAGUGAUAUACAAUUUUAUGCUUGUUCUUACGUUUUACACGAUUAUAGUCAUUAGAUUUUUAAUUGGAUUGAUAAGUAUUUUAUUUUGGUGAAUCAGGGUGAAGGGACUGGUUACAAAAUUUUGUGAUGUCCACGUAAUCUGGUAGAAUAAUUAGUGCACGUCCCAACAAUUUCACAAUCACGUGAGCUUGAAUUUUUGCUACUGGAAAUUAUUUCUGCUGCAAAAACACUCUGUUCUAUUAUGUUUCUCUGCAAUUUCGUGAUAUCAAUGCCAAAAAUUGAAACCCGAUUUUCAGUACGUUAAAAUCCACAGUUUCUAAAUGUCAAUUACUUCCUACUUGUAGUGUAUGAAAAAUGUACAUUUCGUUAAUUUUAUUUUAAAAAACAAUAGAAACAAACGAGUGAAGCGUCGAAGCUGCGGAAUCGCAGUUGCGCUAUCAAGUGUCACUGUCUGCUUUUCGUCAUAUUUUGAUGACAUUUUGUCAUAAUUUUUUGAUGGUCUUUCAUGAAUUUCAAAAAGUGGAUGUAAAAAAAUGAAUAUAAGGGAAACAUAACAUGAAGAAUAAAAUAAAUUAUUCUUGAGCAAAAUGACAGGGUCCGAGUGACGUCAGAGUUAUGGACUGUGAUGGAAAAUAGAUAAUGAGACCUUCAUAAUCCUUUUUAUGUGAUCUACCAAUCCUAUUUAUUCUGAGUCUGUGAGCAGAAAUGUGAAAAAGGAUAGACAAAAGGCGACACGAUGAAGUCACUAAUUUUCGCGUAUUCCUAAAAUCAUAACGAACAUUCCUGCCCGACCAGACUAGAACUGUGGUAAAUUUUUAAUGUUAUUUCGAAGUGAUAGAAUUAUCUUAGAUUUUAUCUUAGAUCAGGUCAAUGCAAAUCUAUUUACAUGUUUACAAUAUUAAUAAACUGAAUAAAAAAAAAUAUGCAAUAAAA